AUGGCAGCAUGGCAUAGUCUGGUACCCGUAGCGAGCCAGAGGGGAACUAGAGAUACAACUGGCUUGCCGUCUGUAGGAUCAGGAGUCACAUUUGUUAUCCCCGAAGAGCUUUCUGAUGUCGUCCAGCUCUCACUCAUGCCACACGCUUCACAGUUUGUGGAGCCACUUGUGAAAACGACAAUCAAACUGGAAGCUUACUUGCCAGGAUUCAACGGCCACUUUGUUACCUCCCCAUACAGACAGCCACUUGCUCGUUACUUGACCAAGCACUGUCAGUAUACCGUGGGAUUCUUCUUUCAACGCUUGAAGGCACCAAUCUACAGCGAACUGUUCCAGCACAUUGUUAGGCUGGACGAAUGCGUCGCACUGCGUUCAUACCUUAGUGGGCGACAGUGUUCUGUGAUGAUGCUCAACUUAGCAAUGGAGCGACCUCUCGCUAUAAUUCGAUCCGAGAAGGCUCCAACUACACCCAGCACAGCAUUGUCAGCAGCAUCGUCACCAAAACCCGGAUCGAGCACUGUCGAGUUGUUUCAGUUGCAUGGCAUUCAAACUGAGUCCGCUCCUCCAGUUCACCCUGAAUCAAUUCUGAAACAGGAUCUCGAAGUAAAGAAAAAGAAAUUGCAGGCACUGCAGCAAGCAUUCUCUAGAGCAAAAGAAAGUGCACAAAAAGAUCCAAAACAGUAUAACGCUGCAAAAGCUGCACUGGAUAAUGGAACACGAGACCUCACUGAGGCCAAGCAACGAUUUGCCGCCGAGUUUGGAAAACCAGGGAGCAAAAACGAGUCGGGGUCAGCCUCAUCGACCCUGCGUCCCAUGAACACAGAGAGUCUUGAGCUGCAACAUCAAGGCUUCUCAUUGAUUGGAACUCUUAGUUCGAACGACAGCAAGUAUCUCCAAGAGCACAACGACGUGGUUCGGGCUUUGCGGUGGUAUGUCUUUUGUUGGUAA